AUGAACGGCAGUGAACAAGGACAUACCAGAAGACAGCGUAGGUCUUCUCUCUCACAGCAGCUACAGCGGGUCUUCCACCUGGAUAAGCAUGUGAAUAAAGAAACGUGCAGGCGAUCGUCAGGUUCGCUAGAGACCCGAACCAUAAAAACCCAUAGGCAAGAACGAGAGGGGAAACAACAGACAGACGAGGUUUGCCUUGGCGGGUGUUCAAGUCGAUCCACAUCAUUGAUACAAAAAAACGAGGAUGUCAGCCCACGUACAGCCCAAGGUCCAACUUUUUCGGUUUUCGGUGAUAAUGAGCUCGUGAAGUCAUCGGCACACUCUAUCAGUCAGGGGACAUUGCAACUGUCCGACUCAUCUUCCCUUUUGGAUAUGCCUUCUGGCAAGCACGGAUCAUUCAACUCCGCUACUUCGAUCAACAAGGCGACGGACAAGAAUGAAAGAAGGGCUACAAGGCGCCUAGAAGCUGAACGGUUGGAGCUUGAGAAGAGAAUCCUUAAACUUGAAAAGAGCGAGCAAGGCCACGGGGUAAGCCUACAGCAGAAAGAAACCCGGCGCCUUACCAAAAAACAACCUAUAAGAAGCUCAAGCAGGGCAUCGAGUGUGAGUGGGGAUGAGUCUCGUCCAUCACGCCGACUCUCUUCUCUCUUCUCAAGUUCAAGGCGAAACUCCCGGUCACGUUCGAAUUCCCUAAGUAGAAGUGACGGAGACUAUCCAACUCACCUGCCAGCUGACGCCGAAGAAUCACAAUCAGGACUGGACUCGGGACCGCACGCAACUCGACCUCACAUUGCUGUGACGAUGCCUAAUCGCUUCGGCGCUGUGAUAUCCAAAGAGCUCGCCAUAAACAAUGCGCUGACCCCAUACCAACCUGAGCCCGUGCCCAUUCAGGAGCUAAUGCCGGGAAAUCCUACCAGUAUAGAACCCAAGACAAAUGAUUCUACCGGGCCUCAUCCUCGCAACAUUGAAAACAAUUCGUCACACGAACAAGGCCCUGAACAGGUUCAUCUCGUCACCAUCGACAGUAACGCCCGUAGGGUAGAAUCAAGAGCCCCUAGUCCUCCUGUCUCUGCAGACCUGGACCGCUUGUCCUUCGCAGCAACGCUCAACCUUAAAAAUAGGGAGUCUGGCACCGUGAAAUUAUCUGGACAUCGUCGGUCAUUGAGGGUGUCUUCCCCGGAACUGACGAAUAACCGGGGAAAACAUACCCGCGGUAGCCACAAAAGCACUCGGAGAGCACAGGCGGCAGCUGAUGCUGGAAAGUCUUUGAAAUCCUCACCAGGACCGUCAUCAACUAACUUACAAGCCAAGCCGUUGAGGACUGCACCAAGCAGAACUUCUACGGACCGCUAUCCUCAGAGACAGUAUAAGAGCUAUGUAUCGUCACCGCUUGCAGUGGCCUCAACUGUGGCCAGUAGAUCCAACUUGUCCUCAAAUGCUAUGGAUUCUUCAGACACAAGAGCUUUGCAACCUUCCAUCGAAGAUGAUCAAACCCCCAUGGAUUCUGUCAAGAAGGUUAUAGAUCCCACGUAUAAGCAGACACAUUCACAUGUUACACGGCAUUUAGUUGGGAGAGACGGUAAUGAAGGCGAAGGAGACCAUGCACGGCCUCAUAGUGUCGCCAAAAACCCCCGGGAGCGCUCUGUUGUUGGAUACACGUGGGCUAGUCACCGUCUCCAGUCACCUUUGGGCAAACGCAUUCUUACAAACCAACAUGAAGCCCAUGCAGUGACAUGCCGAGAGCCUGGGCCGAUAGAGCCGGUCAAGAAAUCAUAUUCUCGGAUUCACGACACAAUCCGCAGCCUGACUGAUUCCGACGUCCACGAGGCGAAGCAUGCAGGUCCCGACGAACACCGUGAAUCUCAAGGUCCUCCACCGCGUGAUAAGACUCAAGCUUGUCAAGAUCGGGCCCAAAGCUUCCAGGACACUCCUAAUCUGCAGAGACUUGAAGUCUACCAUGUGUCUUAUGAGCGCAAGCCUACACAAUGGAAAGGUUCCAGUUCGUCAAUAUCCGCAUCUUCUGAAGAGCCACGAUCAGAAGAUUACAAUACUGCAGACGAAGCCCACUCAUCUACCUCGCUUCCCCGGCAGGAUGACAUUGCUCCAGCCAGUCUCCCCCACAAUGAUGACUCUGUACCAAGUACAUUGGGCAUUACUAACAACGAUGUGUUGCUCAGUGUGGGAGCUUCAAACACCGGUCUAUGCAACACGCCGAAAGGACGAAUGAACGGACGCAUGGAGCAGUUGAGGAAUGUACAAACAGACAGUCCAUUUAAAAUGCUCUUUGUCAUCUGCUGUCACUGCAGCCAUUGGCAUGAUCUGCCAUCGGAACUGUAUGCGAGACUCACGUCGCCGAGCGCAUCUCCAGUCUCCAAAAAGCAUAAGCUCUCCACUGUCCAGGGCGAAUCACGUGCUGUCCAUAAAUGUAUCGAUGCAAAUAUACGCAAAGGUAGUUUGUCAGGACAGUGUGUCGAUUCAUCGUGUAUCAUGUCUUCUGCCUCAGCCGCAAGGUCUCAAUCUCCGACUACGGUGCAAUGCUGUUGGUGUAAUCAUCGCAUGAAUAGGUCAUGUUGCCAGGGAUGGACAACGAUCAUUCGCAUGUGUCAAAGGCAUCACUAG